UAAAUUCUACUCAAAACUCCUUUCUCUUUGUCACAUUUCACAAAUAUAUACAAAAAAAAAAAAAAAAAAGAAACCUCACCAAAACCUCAACAAAAUUAUACUAGAACACCAAUACCACACCGUCAUGGCUACUUCUGACAACAUGGCGGUGGGCGGCGGCAGCGGCGGUGGCACAACAAUCUCCGCCAUCCAUCCCGACAUCAUCCAGGCCCACAUCCUCGCCCGUCUCGAUGGCCCCACUCUCGCGGCCGCCGGAUGCGCCUCAUCGGAGCUCCACGCGCUGUCCGCCGACGAGAAUCUGUGGCGUGACAUCUGCGCCACCAUGUGGCCGUCCGUAGCCAAUCCCGCCCUCCGCCGCCUCAUCUCCACCUUCCCCGCUGGCCACCGCUCCUUCUUCUCCGACUCCUUCCCCGUCCUCGACCGCGUCCCGCCCCAAACAUUCAAUCCGGACCCUCCAUUCCUUUCCUCCGGACUAAUCUCCGCCGUUGACAUAUUUUACAAGGACAAGCUCAUCUUCUCCAAGGUCAAGGAAACGGAAACCCUAACCGAGUGGUUCCACUGCUCGCCAUUCCUCGUGGACCUCCUCGACCCGAAGGACUCCGUCCAAACUCCGAUCCAACGCGCCGCCGUCGACGACGGCGCGUGGCUGAAACACCUGGAGGAGAAUUUAAAACUCAGCUGGAUCCUGAUCGACCCGACCCGGAAGAGGGCGGCAAACCUGUCGGGUCGGGGGGCGGUGUCUGUCGUACGCCACUGGCUGACCGGGGAAAUUCAGCUCCGGUACGCGACGAUCAUGGACGGACCGGCGUCAACGCCAGCGACGGAGCACGUGCAAUGCGGGAUGAUGGUCACGUGCGGUGGGGAGGAAGGAGAUGAGGUGCGCGUGAGGGAGGUGGGGUUGCACGUGGAGGACACGGAAGGGAGGCACCUGAGCGGGCAGGAGAGUUUAGUGGUUUUCAGGAACGCCAUUGAAGGAGGGAAGAGGAAGAAGGAAAAUGGAGUUGGAGAAGGGAAAGAGAGAUUUGAAGAGUUCUUGGUGAAAAGAAGAGAGAUGAGAGAGAAGAAGCAGAGGAGAGAGAGAGCUCUUGAUUUGGCCUGCAUUCUCACUGGGGUUUCCAUUUUUGUGGCUUUUUGGUCAUUUGUUCUCUUCAGAUGACGAUCGUGAGGAGUUCGUUAUGACCGUUAGUUAAAUGGUAUAGGCACAGAAAUUACAUUUCUUUUUUUUAUUUAAAAAAAGCUCUUAUUUUUUUUCUCAAUUAAUUUCAUUGAUUUAUUUUUCUUUCUAAACCGAAAAAUUAUACAUAUGAAGAAGAAGAAGAAGAGGGUGAUGAAGACGAGGAAAAUGAUAGAUGAUAUGGUUAACUUUGUAAAUAUCAUUAUCCGAGUAAAGCUUAAGUCAUAUUUUUCUUUUUA